AUGAGGUUCAUGUUCCUGUUCGUGUGUGUUCUCGCGUUGGUCGCCUCUGUGUAUACAAUGCCCUGUUGGGACUAUAGCUGUUCGGGAAGCGGUUCUUCUGGUGGAUUUGCGGAACAAUAUAGUUACAGUGCCAGUGGACAGAGAAGUCAGGGUGGUUAUGAUGGUGGUAACUACGACAACGGUGGAUUAUUCGGUGGUAGUGGCGGCUACACUAGGGAUGGAGGUCAAAGAACUGGCGGUGGUAGCGACUAUGGCAAUAGAAGACAACGCAACUGUCCGACAUGCGGCGUCAGUAACUUCGGCAAUGGGAAUCACAACCAGAAUAAGAUUACCGUAAGGAGGAACUAUGGUUAA